CCCUACGCGCUUCCUGAUCGGUGAACUAGAGCGGAUCAAACUUCGCGUCAACAACACGCAGUGUCGGUCCGGUGGAGAAGUGGGACAGUCUGCGGACUUUUUGUAUUUUUCUCCCGCGGAUUAUAGUUUUUUACGUUACACAACCGUAUCAAAGGACAUCAGUGGAGUCGAAGAUAAAGAAAGAUGCCGCUUCUACACAGAAAGCCGUUCGUCAGACAGAAGCUGCCAUCAGACCUCAAACCAGAUGAAGAAGUGUUCCUUUGCAAAGUCACACAUGAAAUCUUCAGGACGUAUGAUGAGUUCUUUGAGAGGACCAUCCUGUGCAACAGUCUGGUGUGGAGCUGUGCGGUAACUGGCAAACCAGGUCUUACGUACCUUGAAGCUUUGGAGAGUGAGAAGAGAGGUCGUCAGAGCCUGCAGAGCUUCCCCUCCGCCCUGGUGGUGCCCUUGCUACAUCUCACAGCCCUGACAUACCGUACCCGGCUCCAUGAGAUCUGUGACGAUGUCUAUUCUUAUGUAAAGGAGAGGUUUUUUCCUGGGGAGAUUGUGGACGUUGUGAACCGCUCCGGUGCCAGGCAGCUGUGUGAAAUCCUGGAUGUGCAGUCUCCCCACCAUUCUAACGGGCCAGUCAAUGGCCACGCCAAGCUCCAGAUGGAUGGGGACACCAUCGUCAUCAGUGACAGUGACGAGGACACCCCUAACAACCCCAUAUCAAAGGCCAAUGGCAAGAAGAAGAAACCGGUCAACCCGUCUGUAUUCAAGUACAGAGUGCGGCCGGUCAAGGAAGGCAGUGACCCCGUAUUUACCCGGGCUGGUCAAAUCAGCCGAAAGAAGAACACGUUUUCACGGGACAGACUAAAGCUGCUUCUUAAACAACACUGUGAACCACAGAAUGGAGUCAUCGUUCUAAAGGCCUCAACUGUUGCCAAGUACAAGUUGGCUGAACAGCACUUCUCCCAGUUCUUCCCCGAUGAGCCUCCUGUGUUUGUCUUUAGUCCUCCUCCUAAAGGGCGGGGCAAGCCAAAGAAUAUCUCUUCUCCUGGAGCGUUGGGAAACAACUUAUUGAAAGCAUCCGAGGAGAGGCUUCGUCUGAUGCAGCAGAAGGAAGAGAUGAUGAGUAUAUCACAUGAGAAGUCCAAGCUGAAGAGAGAGCGAGAAGAGAACCUGGAAGCCAAAAAGAAAGAAAAGGAGGACAAAGAGAAGAAGAGGGAAGAGAUGAAAAAGAUUUUUGAAGAGGAAAAGCAGAGAAGGAAAGAGGAGAAGGAACGUAUGAAAGUGGAGAAAGAAAAGGAGAGGGAGAAGCUGAAGGAAGAAAAAAAGAAAUAUGCAGAACGACUAAAGAUAUGGAGCAAGCCCAGAGAAGACUUGGAGUGUGAGGACCUCAAGGAUCUCCCAACCCCUGUCCCAGUGAAAACCCGCCUGCCCACAGAGCUGUUUGGAGAUGCCCUCAUGGUUUUGGAGUUCCUCAAAGCCUUCGGCGAGCUCUUUGACCUCAAAGACGAGUUCCCCGACGGCAUCACGCUUGAGGUACUGGAGGAGGCUCUGGUUGGUUCUGACCCUGAGGGGCCACUCUGUGAGUUGCUCUUCUUCUUCCUGUCGGCGAUCUUCCAGGCCUUGGCGGAGGAGCAGGAGGAGGUUGCCCGUGACCAAGUGGCUGAGGCUGAAACCAAAGAUCUGAGUGAGGUCCUGGAUGAUGAUUCUGACCCGACCCAGUCCGCCAUCAGUGCUGUGGCUUCCCUGGCUGCUGCCUGGCCUCAGCUCCACCAAGGUUGCAGUCUGAAGCAGUUGGACCUGGAUAGCUGUACUCUGUCAGAGAUCCUGAGGCUGCACAUCUUGGCAUCGGGGGCCGAUUGCAACUCCGCCAACGCCAAGUUCCGUUACCAGAAACAGGGGGGCUUUGGCUCUAUGGAUGACCCCUGUGUUGAGCUGAGACUGGCCAACCCAGGGCUGGUCAAGAAGCUGUCCUGCACUGCUGUCUACGACUUGUUGCCAGGUGAGAAGCUGAAGAUCCUCCAUGCUCUGUGUGGGAAGCUGCUGACUCUGGUGUCCACCAGGGACUUCAUAGAGGACAGCGCUGACGAGCAGAGGCAAGCCAAGCAGGAGCUCCGGGAACUGAAGGCUGAGCAGCACCGCAGAGAGCGGGAGGAGGCCGCUGUCAGGGUACGCAAGAGGAAGGAGGAGAAGUUGAAGGAACAGGAGUUGAAACUGAAAGAGCUUAAGGAGAAACACGAGAAGCUAAUGGAAGAGGAGGGAAGAAAUGGCCACCUCAACACCAGUACUGAGAGCCUGAAGGAUGAGCAUCAGACCGAGGACGAGGACGAGCAGACGACCAAGAAGAGCAGCGAUUCCAAAGAAAAGCAGCUGAAAGAAGACCCCAGGGAGGAGGUGAGCUCACGUCUAAGCCCGGAGGAACUUGCUCAACAGCAGCAGAGGGAAAAGGAGCUUCAGGAGCGCAUCCAGAAAGCUGCAGCCUGUACCUACAUUCUCCCCCUGGGGCGCGACCGCCUCUACCGCCGCUACUGGCUCUUCCCCUCCACCUCUGCCCUCUUUGUGGAGGACGACUACUUCGGCCUGACUGAGGACAUGCUUGAACUCCGGAAACCAACUCUUGAGCAAGAGCCACCCAAGGCUGAAGAGGAAGACAUGGAGCUGUCACACAACAAAUCUGGAAAUCCGGAGGACCUCUCCCAGACAGGCCCUGACUCCAAACCCGUCCAAACCCGCUCUGCUCCUCCAGUGAACCGUCCUAACCAGUGGGCCUUCUACAGCUGCCCCCAGGAGGUGGAGGCCCUGAUCGAGGCCCUGAACCCACGAGGCCACAGGGAGAGCACCCUGAAGGAGGCCCUGCUGCAGGAGAAGGAACGUAUCACACAACUCCUCAGUAGUCCUGCUACAGCCCCUGACUGCCACCCCCACCCAGAGAAUAAACCGGAGGCUGCGGUUAACAAAGCUGCCUUAACGAAGUCCAAGGUUGGCCCUGCUUUGUCUGAAGGCACAGCAGCUCCUGCUGAGAACUUCAUGGCCAACAGGCUGAGGGACCUGCUGCUGGAUAUAGAGGACCGCAUCUACCAGGGUACACUGGGGCAAGUCAAGGUGAUGGAUAGGAGUGCGUGGAGAAAGGCACUAGAGGAUGGCCACUAUGAACUACUGAGCCCUGAGCUGAAGGAGAACGGAGAUGUGGAGAACAUGGAAAUAAAUGAUAACAAUGUGAAAAAAGAAAGGUUACAGAUUCCUGUGGUCAGGUUACAGGAGCUGAGGGGAGACACCAAGAGGUUGCAUGUGUCCUUGUUAAGGUUUCAGGAGCUGAAGGAGGAGAGUGUGAGCGCAGCGUCCACCACCCCCAGCACCCCUCAGCUGGCCAACCACACGGUCCACUACCUGGCCCAGGCCCUGGCCCACAUCCAACAGGGCAUCGAGAGGAAGUUCCUGAAGGCUCCACUUGGUGAUGAAGAGGCUAAAAAGGACCAGAAGGUGAAAAAGAGAGACAAGAGGAAAGAUGAGGAUCAGAACAGUGAAGAUGGUAGUGACAGCGGCCGAGGUGUGAAAACGGUCCAGGAGCGCUGGAGAGAAUCCCUGCUGGGCUGUUCCAGCCUGUCCCAGGUCUUCCUACACCUCUCCACCCUGGAGCGCAGUAUAAUCUGGGCCAAGUCCCUGCUCAACGCCCGCUGUAAGAUCUGUCGCCGGAAAGGAGAUUCAGAGAACAUGCUGUUGUGUGACGGCUGCGACCGGGGACACCACAUCCACUGUGUCCGUCCCAAACUCAAGGCUGUCCCAGAAGGGGACUGGUUCUGCCCGGAGUGCCGGCCCAAGCGGCGAGCCAACCGCCUCACCUCCCGCCAACGCUCCUCGGUCGACUCUGAAGAGGAAAUGGAGGAAGAAGAUGGGUCUGAGGAAGAGGAGGAGGAAGAAUCAGAAGAGGAGGAGGAAUCGGAGGACCAAGAGACUGAGGAGGAAGAGGAAAAAAGUGUCACUAAAAAGGGACGCACUUCUGUGAAACCACCUGUGCCCACUACCAAACGAGGUCGGCCAAGUAGCAGGACCAACACAAACUCAUGUCAUUCCCCUCCUCGGAGCCAGCAGACCACCCCCAAACAAGCCCUGUCAACAGGGAAAUCCUCUAAGUCCUCAGGGAAGAAGCCCAGCCCGUUCUCCAACAGCAGACCCCCUCCCCGGCCUGGCAGCAGAGUCAGCUCCCGGCUCAGUCAGGAGAUACUGGCCACCAACGGCACUUCCAGCAGACCAGGCAGCCAACCCACUCCUUCUCCCUCUCAGACAGACUCUCGUAAAAGACCCAUCUCUCCAGAUGUCUCCCCUAAGCCUAAGAUGAUACUAACGCCGUCAGUCUCGGGUUCUUCGUCCAAUCGCCGCAGCUCAGGGAGGAACCUGGGAGUCCAUGAAUUGUCGGCCUGUGAGCAGCUCACUGUAGAGCUGGUCAGACAUGAAGACAGCUGGCCCUUCAUGAAACUGGUGUCCAGGACACAGGUUCCAGACUACUACGAUAUCAUCAAGAGACCUAUUGCAUUGAGCACUAUCAGAGAAAAGGUCAACAACUGUCAAUAUAAAACAGCCAUGGAGUACAUUGAGGAUGUGGAGCUCAUGUUUGCCAACUGUUUACAAUACAACCCUCGUCACACCAAUGAGGCUAGAGCAGGAAUUAGGCUCCAAGCCUUCUUCACUUCUGAGAUCUCUAAACUGGGGCUGCUGGACCGGACCUCUCCCCCACAAAAGCGGUCUCGCGUGUAACGGUGAUUGACUGAAACUGCUGGGACUUUUUCAUUAGUGAACCCAGUUUAAAAAAAGGUUUGAAUACAAUAGUUUCUUGCAGGACAUUCAGGUUUGCUUAAUCUUGUUUCUGGUAAAUACACCAUGCAAUGGACUUUUAUUUUAUUUUUUUGUAAACAUUCCCAAAAAGCUUUUUGGUAGUGUAAAUGUCAUUGUUUCCCAAGAUAAUGCAGCAACAACUAACCUUCUGUGAAAGUAUUUGCACUGAAUAUUUGAAAACCAGUCCUUCCUAUGGUAUUCACUCAGGGUAAACUAAUGGUUAUUUUGGAGAAACAAAAAUAUUUUUCAGUGCAUUUAACUUCUAUUUCCUGGCAGCAUUUCUAGACUACUAUUUUUGUGCAAUUUGCACAUUAUUUUCCUGUGUGACUACUUCAGUUAAUUUUGAUUAACUUAACAUGGUCAGUUUUUUUAUUUAUUAGUUUCACAUUUGAACCAGUACAAAGAACAAUAUCCCAUCUUUCAGUGAAACACUACACUGGAAACCAAUAUCAUUUAUUUCCUGUUAUUCCUUGGUUAUUUAUUUAGUUUUGAAUGUAAUAACUUGCUUUAUUUAUAAUAUUUUUAUAGAACAUGCUUGUUUUGUUUUUGUAAAGAAUGAUUGACAUAGUUCUGAGUUCAAAAUGUAGAAAAACUGUUUUGGAUAGGGUUUAAAAUACUGAGUUGUCCCAGCUGUCUCUUGCUUUGUAUUUGCCAUUGUGUGUACAUUUUCUAUAUGUAAAUAAAUGGAUUUGUUUAAUAUGU